AUGCAUUUGCGCUACCUUACGCUCCUUGUGGCCAGUUCUGUGGCUGUUACUACCGUUGCUCAGAUCGCGAAGAAUGAGUUCAUGUCUAAUUCUACAUUCGAUCCCAAUGAAUCAAUGACUCAUGACCUUGACACUCCCGCGCCGCUUAAUGAAGAGAAGAGUCUCGCUCCCAUCAAGAAAUUCUUUGGUUAUGAUGAUAGACCUCCUUCUGAGUUUUACUUAUUGCUUCAAGUCGCUCAGAAGGAUACAAAUGUAAAGAAGCGCUUGGGAGUGCUUAAGAAACAAAAAAGCUUAAAGGAUGCUUAUGCGUUGAUCGAUGUGGACGAUAGCGAAUUCCUUACAAAUGACAAUUGGAAGAAGUGGGCUCUUCUUGCUGCCAAGAAGAACAAGAAGAUGGAGCCGGCUGGAGCUGUCGACUCGAUAAUCCAGAUUCGAAACGAAUCGCCCAGUUUUUAA